CGACUGUCGAUGGUAGAGUGAACAGAGGAAGCGACGACGAGAAGAAAGUGCGAGAGAGAGAAGAAGAAGAAGAAGAAGCUGCGAAGGAAGUGAUUAUGUCAGGAGGGAUCGCUCGUGGUCGUCUUGCGGAGGAGAGGAAAGCGUGGCGUAAGAAUCAUCCUCAUGGCUUCGUUGCUAAGCCAGAGACUUUGACGGAUGGGUCUGUGAACUUGAUGGUCUGGCAUUGUACCAUCCCUGGUAAGACUGGGACUGACUGGGAAGGUGGUUACUUUCCAAUUGCUCUCCACUUCAGUGAGGACUACCCUAGCAAGCCACCCAAGUGCAAGUUCCCUCAGGGUUUCUUCCACCCUAAUGUUUACCCUUCUGGAACUGUUUGUUUAUCGAUUCUCAAUGAGGAUAGUGGUUGGAGACCAGCUAUCACGGUGAAGCAAAUUCUUGUUGGCAUACAGGAUUUGCUGGACCAGCCAAACCCUACUGAUCCUGCCCAGACAGAUGGAUAUCACCUCUUCAUCCAGGAGCCAGUGGAGUACAAGAGAAGGGUUAGACAACAAGCUAAGCAAUACCCACCUCUUGUCUAAUGCCAUACCUGACCUCCUGUUGUGGAAAUCAUUGUUGCAUUUGCCAGUUGCUCUUUGUGUAGUAUGUGUAGGCUGCAUGGUAGAUUCUUGUCUGGUAUGGAAGAACUUUAGUUUGUAAUGAAUGGUCUUAAUAUGACAAUAUACGAAUUUGAAUACCAGAAGUACUUAAUUAAUAUUUUCAGCGGUAAGGACACUUUAUGCCUUGUUAUUCAAGAUUUUCAUGCUUUAAUUAUCGCUUGUAAGAUUCCCUUAUUAUCUUAUUUUUCUCAUUUUGGACAAAGAAUGAGAAAACAUACUGGU